CCUCGCUCUCGCCCUCGGCUCCAUCGUCGUCUGGCGCGCCCGUCUCGCUAACAUAUUGGACAAGGAUGCUGCGCGUCCCCGCCCCGACCCUCGCUCCUCCAAGCGUGAUACCACCCUCCUCGCGUCCGCUCUUGCAGCCCUCCACGUAGCCCGCUCACAACCUCCGCCCAACUCGGACGAUCUUUCUUCGGAAAAACUCGAUCCCGAUGCUACCCAGGACGGCGACGAAAAGCACAAGGGAAUAGCUCGGCCCAAGGAACGGCGGAAAAGAGGAAAGGAUCCCUACAAGGUGCUCCUCAAAGGCGGGAAGAAGAGCAAGGUGCUCCUAAAGGCCAUUCAACUCUCCGCUGAUGAUGCCAAAACUGAGGACGGAAGUAGCACGAGGAGUGCCUCACCCGUACCCGACGCGGACGAGGAGACAGCGAGCUCGACGACGGCAACUGCACCCUCGACCGAAAACUCGACACGUUCCGCGGGCGACUCAGAGGUCAGGACCGCUUCUUCGACCACACGCUCAUCCCGCGUGCCUUCCAUCGAGCACGUUGAGUCGCUCGCUUUUGACGUUCUCCCCUCUAGUUCAGCGCCUCCCCAACAAGACUUCGAUGACGAUGACCACUCUUCCAGAGACGCGCGACACCCCAUGGAUCCGAGUGAUCUUGCCCACACUAAUGACGCUCCCUCGUCUUCACCUUCUCGUCUAUACUCGCCCGAGCAAAAUACGCCUUCACCACUCGCCUCUCCUCCGCCUCUCCCUUCCCAAGACGUCUCUGAUCCCGCACCUGUUUCACGUCCUCGUCCCAACGUCACUUCACCAUUCCCAUCCCCUAAUGCUCCCUCAUGCUCCACAUCCACAGCUGCUGCCACAUCCACGCCCACACUCGCCCGCAGUCCACAGUCCGACUCUACACCGACGCACGCCUCACCACAUGAUACACACGCACGCCAGCCGUCAUGGGAUUGGGACAGCCAGGCACCCCUCUAUUCUACCGCUACCCCUGAGCCCUCCGCUCCGUCUACGUCCUCGGGCGCUCCGUCCACGUCUGCCUCCGUCUUCGGCUCCCCUCCGUUCCCAUCGACGUCGACUUCGUCUCCCCCAGCAUCGCCGCCUACGCCCUCAUCCGCCCAGUCCGGCUCGGGGUCGCCUUAUGGGGCACUGCAGUUCCAGCCCCAAAACCACAAGCCCCCGCGCUUCCGCUCGCGCCAGCCCUCGGGCUCGAUGCCACUAUACGCAACGGCGCUGCCGUUCGCCGCGUUGUCUGCUUCCUCGUCUUCAACCGCUAAUGGCAAUGGCAAUGGCGCCGCGAGCGCGAGUACAAAUUCGGGCACGGACGCAGAUCCGGACUCGGACGAGAUGCCCCCGCUCACAUUCCCGACGCUCAACGCGCUUCCGUCGCCCAUCGCACCGCACCCAUCGCCGUUGCCGCUGUCGUUGUCCUCCGGUGUAUAUUCGGAGAUGAGCGAGCCGCACGCACGGUCCGGGUCUGGGCAGGGGCAUGUGCAUCAACAUCACAGGCCGCGGAGUCAGAGUAAGAAUAGCGUUGGUCUGGGCCUGGGGAAGGACAGGGACAGGGACAGGGACAGGGGAGGGGGAGGGGAUAUGGACAGGAAACGAGAACGGGAACGGGAAAGAGAAAAGGGCAAGGAAAGAGACGCAGGCGAACGCGGGCAGAGUCCAGCGCCCGCCACGGGUGCUGGCGCACCGCGUUCGCCGGCGCCACCACCGCCGCGGACAACGUCGCCCUCUACGCCGCUGAGCGCGCAGACGCAGCUCGCGUCGAUGCGCGGGGCGCUCGAGGCGGCGCGUCUGAGGGAGGAGAAGACACGCGCGGAGGCGGAGCGGCAGGGGCGGGAGAUCGAGGAGCUCAGGUGGCGGUGGAGUGAAAGUAGGCGGAGGGAGGGCGAGUUGCAGGUCCAGGUCGGGCAGUUGGUGAGAGAGCUGGGGGUCUAUGCUGGGAUGCUUGGGUCGGCGGCGGCGGGCUCGGGUUCGGGUUCGGGUGCCGCGUCGCCUAGCGCGAAUGGAGUUGGCGGUAGUGCAAAUGGGAACGGAGGGCAGCAGUUCGCAUUUCCGCGGCCUGUGCAUCCCCUGUCGGUGUCUAGCCCGCUGGCGGUCCAUUCGCGCGCGAACAGCGGCCAGGCUCAGGCAACGCUGUCAGCACUGGUACUGGGAUACUCUCCCGCUGCCUCACCGGCGCCCUCGUCACCAGCGCUUGCACCAGUACCAGCACCGUCGUCCCGCCCGCACUCGCGCCUCCGGGGCUCGCAGUCGGCACGGGCAAGCCCAGCACCCCCACGCGCACCGAGCGCGAACGCGUUUUCGUCCCCUGCGAGCCCGUCGCCGCCGAGUUCGGGCGCAAUGCCACCGCCGCCGAUGUACUACGCCUACCCCGCCCCAGCUGCUUCCGCGCACGCGCCGGGCGGGGCGUUCGGCCCGGGUGCACAGCCGUACCUCGUCGCGCCCCACCCGCACCAUCCGCACCCGCACCCACAUCUUCAGCUGCACCCCCUGGCCAUGGGUAUGGGGAUGGGUGUGGGAAGUCCGGGUGCCGGAUACCCAUCCCCAUACGCCGUGUCGCCGGGCAUGCUGCCCAGCCCGUACACGCAGUAUUCUAACGCUGUGCCAGGAGUGGGCGGGAACGUGAACAGGAGCACGGCGAGCACGCCGGGGCUGUCGCCUGCUGGUGCACUGCCAGAUCCGUUCGCGAUGCCGGUGUCGAUGUUUUCCACCCACGGGCCGGGACGCGGACGUACGCGCUAUCGCGGUGCUGGUGCGGGGAGCGCUGGCGGGAGCAGUGCUGGCGGGGAUGGUGCUGAUGGGCUUUUGCUCGAGGAGGACGAGGCGCUCGGCGGAGGCGUUCAGAUUAGGGAAGGCCGGAGAGAUGGCGUAGAUGAGGGAGAGGAGGAGGAGGGAGAGGACGACGACGACGUGUUCAACAAUCCGCUUGCGGCUGCGAUUCUCAAGCGGCCCGAGCGCAUGCGCGCGCACUCGAGUCGGGGGAGCGUGCGUUCUGGGUUUACCUCGAAUUCGAACUCGAAUUCGGCGUCUGCGAGUGCGAGCGAGAGCGGGCGGGAUGUUGGUGUGAUCGUGGAGGAGGAGAGCCGCGAUGGUGGGGUGAACGGAGGUGGGGAUGCGGGUGUCAAUGGAUACGAGGCGGCGACGACAGGAAAGGGCGGGGUGUCCACGCUGGGCAGUGGGGGCUAGGCUUUCCUGGUCUCCGGAAAAUCCGCGUGCCAGGGCCCUUCGCUCCCGGCGAGGCCAGAGUAAUAUUGCUGGUUGACUCUCAAAACCUCUGAACGGACCGCCGCUCGAUGUUCAGCUGGGACCACGGAUUAAUCUCGACCGGCCAGGGCAGCGUAACUUUAUUUUGGCCGGCUUGAAUAUUAGGAUGUCCGCCAGAGGCCGACGCGUAUGAGGACUUUCCUGGACAAGUAUACAUACCCAAGCUAUCGUUAUCUAUAUAGACGAUUAGACGAUCACCGACUGGUCGCUGCCAGUAUCGAGGGAGCGUCACUCCCGGUUACUGUCCUUGUUGCACUGCUUGCUGUAUCUACUGCGUGCGCUCCGGUCGUCGCUGGCAGUACACGUGUAGGGACUCUUGCAGUAGCUCAGCGACGAACAUGACAAUGUAGCUCUCACCCAAU